GUCGCGCGCCGCAGCAGCAGCUUCAGCACCAGCAGCAGCAGCAGCGCGGAGAGGAGGCGCCGCGGCAUCCUUGCAGCAGCAGCAGCGGCGGCGGCGGUGGCGGAGGCAGCAGGCUGGGCUGCGGGAGGGACCAUGGCCGAUCCAGCGGCGGCGGCUGCGACGGCGGGGGCGCCGUCCGGGUCCGAGGGUGAAGAGGGCCCGGUGCGCUUCGCCCGCAAAGGCGCGCUCCGCCAGAAGAACGUGCACGAGGUCAAGAACCACAAGUUCACCGCCCGCUUCUUCAAGCAGCCCACCUUCUGCAGCCACUGCACCGACUUCAUCUGGGGGUUUGGCAAGCAAGGGUUUCAGUGUCAAGUCUGCUGCUUCGUCGUCCACAAGAGGUGCCAUGAAUUUGUUACCUUCACUUGCCCUGGUGCAGACAAGGGCCCUGCCUCAGAUGACCCACGGAGCAAACACAAGUUCAAAAUCCACACGUACUCCAGCCCCACCUUCUGCGACCACUGUGGAUCCUUGUUGUAUGGACUCAUCCACCAGGGGAUGAAAUGUGACACCUGCAUGAUGAACGUCCACAAACGCUGUGUGAUGAACGUACCAAGUCUCUGUGGCACGGACCACACUGAGCGCCGGGGCAGGAUACACAUCACGGCAGAAAUUGAAAACGAGGUCCUCACCGUCGUAGUACGAGAUGCCAGAAAUCUGGUUCCAAUGGAUCCCAACGGCUUGUCAGACCCAUAUGUGAAACUCAAGCUCAUCCCUGACCCGAAAAGUGAAAGCAAACAGAAGACUAAAACCAUCAAAUGUUCUCUGAACCCUGAGUGGAAUGAAACCUUUAAAUUCCAACUGAAAGAGUCUGACAAGGACAGGAGGCUAUCUGUGGAGAUCUGGGACUGGGACCUGACCAGUCGGAAUGAUUUCAUGGGGUCGCUGUCCUUUGGAAUCUCAGAGCUGCUGAAAGCUGGAGUGGAUGGCUGGUUCAAGCUGCUGAGCCAGGAGGAGGGGGAGUACUUCAACGUCCCCGUGCCCCCUGAAGGCGAAGAGGGGAAUGAAGAGCUCAGGCAGAAGUUUGAGAGAGCCAGAAUCGGCCCAGGAGCAAAGGCUGCAGAGGAGAAAGCAACCAAUGCCAUCUCCAAAUUUGACAACAACGGCAGCCGCGAUCGGAUGAAACUGUCGGACUUCAAUUUCCUUAUGGUGCUGGGCAAAGGCAGCUUUGGAAAGGUGAUGCUCUCUGAAAGGAAAGGGACCGAUGAGCUCUACGCUGUGAAGAUCCUCAAGAAGGAUGUGGUCAUCCAAGACGACGAUGUGGAAUGCACCAUGGUGGAGAAGCGGGUGCUCGCUCUGGCUGGGAAGCCCCCGUUCCUAACACAGCUUCAUUCUUGCUUCCAAACCAUGGACCGCUUGUAUUUCGUCAUGGAGUAUGUGAACGGCGGCGAUCUCAUGUACCAGAUUCAACAGGUUGGAAGGUUUAAGGAGCCCCACGCUGUGUUCUACGCAGCUGAGAUAGCCAUUGGCCUGUUCUUCUUACAUAACAAAGGAAUCAUUUAUCGCGACCUGAAACUUGACAACGUGAUGCUGGAUUCUGAGGGGCAUAUCAAGAUUGCUGAUUUUGGCAUGUGCAAAGAGAAUAUCUGGGAUGGCGUCACCACCAAGACUUUCUGUGGCACUCCAGACUACAUUGCGCCCGAGAUAAUCGCUUACCAGCCCUAUGGGAAAUCAGUGGACUGGUGGGCUUUUGGUGUCCUUCUCUAUGAAAUGCUGGCUGGGCAGGCACCGUUCGAAGGUGAAGAUGAAGACGAACUCUUCCAGUCCAUCAUGGAGCACAAUGUAGCCUAUCCAAAAUCUAUGUCCAAGGAAGCAGUGGCCAUCUGCAAAGGGCUCAUGACCAAGCAUCCAGCAAAGCGUUUGGGGUGCGGUCCUGAAGGAGAGCGCGAUAUCAGGGAGCACGCUUUUUUCCGCUACAUCGAUUGGGACAAACUUGAACGGAAAGAGAUCCAGCCUCCUUUCAAGCCCAAAACUUGCGGACGAAACGCCGAAAACUUCGACCGGUUUUUCACUCGCCACCCACCUGUCUUAACACCACCUGACCAGGAAGUCAUCAGGAACAUUGACCAAUCAGAAUUCGAAGGAUUUUCCUUUUGUAACUCUGAGUUUUUUAAAGCUGAAGUCCAGAGCUAAGUAGCCAUUGUAGACCAUAAGCAUCACCCUCCCGCAUCCAUUACCAUCUGCUCCCGGCAGCUGUUGUGGUGACAUCCUCUGUUGCAAACCAUUAGCCGUCAUGAUCUGAAUUUAUUUUGUGGUGAUACUAGAAUGACCAUGUUUCAAAGACUGUGGGGAAAAGAAAGAUGCUCCUUUCUGUAGGCUUAAUAACACUUGGGAUGGGACACAAGGCUUGGGAAGAAAGCCAAUUUGCUUCACAAUCAGCCUGAGAAAACCCACCUGGUCCUUGGUUUAGCGCAGGGAGGCUGUGGCCCUCCAUAUGUGGCUGGACUCCACAUCCCAUCAUCUCUGACCUUAGCCCAUGCUGGCUAGGACUGCUGGGAGUUGCAGUCCAACAACAUCUGGAGAGUCACGGGUUCCCCACCCUUAGAUUAGGGGACAAGCAGUGGAUUAAUUUAAUAACUUGUAAAAAUCCUGCAGAUGCUGCCAUCCUUCUCUGCCUCUAUUACGUACUUUGCAAAAGGACCGGCUGUUACUGCCUUUUCACUUUUGCAGGAUGGGCUGUUUUGCUUGCUUUUACAAAAUUCAUUGCGGAAUCCCUCCCGCAUUUUUUUAAAGGGUGCUAUCUCCAGAAAAAGUUGGGGAACCUUUGGGAGGAGGGAUCAUUCAGCACACAUGAACCAGUUUCCUUUCGAGUCCUUGCAACCCGACUGAAUCCAGCCUGAAUGCAGAUGCAGCCCACAGCCAUUUUUUUUACUGCAGCUGCACAGGAACGGCUGCAGAUUGCCUUUGCAUUGCAAAUUGACGGUGCUGAGUUUUCUCCCUUUGGUCUUGCAUGUGGGGGUGCGGGAAGCACAGCCAGGAUGUAGGACCCCAUAAAUCUCCAUGAAGUGAAGGAGACUUGGGGGCGGGGCAUGCCUGGAUCUACACAUACACAAACUGAAUAGCAGUUUCUGGAGGCCACAGAAGGGGAGAGGGGUCUUGUGAUCGAAUCCUGCUUGCUGGUUUCCUACAGGCAUCUGGUUGGCCUAUGGGAAAUCAACUAGAUGAGCCACUAGGAUGUUGGACUAGGUGAGCCACCGGCCUGAUCCAGCAGCAUUUUCUUGAGCAUUAUCCCUGAGGACCCUUGGGAAUUGCUGGGGAGGGGAUGAUCUCUUACAGAGCAUUUACAGCCUCCUCAUCAAACUACAGUUCCCAGGAUGCUUUGGGGGAAGGGAGAGCAAGGUAAAGAGUCGGCAUUAAGUACUUAUUUACACAGCACAUAGGCAAACUCUGCUUUUACAGGAGACAGUGAUUGUCACCAACUUGGAUGGUUUUAAAAGGGGAUUAGACAAAUACAUGCAGGAGAGGGCUAU